GCCAGCUAUGCAUCGGGUACCGCGUCUGCUCACGAGGACGGCCUCGCCAUGCUGGACGGCUCGGAUAACAGCCUCAAAUUCUCGGGCGUGGUCAACGCCCUUCGUGCGCCGUGCGCACACCCGGCGAGAGCUGCCCUACAGUAUUUCUGAGGGCCUGGGUGACUUUCUGAGCCCGGAGGCGCUGCAAGUGAUAGCAGUCGACUACCAGGAGGGGCUCUUACAGAGGCUAAAUGAGCAAGUGAAGGGGACGGACAACGAGCGGACGAGUAUUGCACAAACCGUCAUCAAUACGGCGACGGACCGGAGUGCCACGCUCGCGUUCACAUAUGCGAGCAGAGCGCUGAACAACAGUUACUUCCUCGAAAACCUCAAACCACCCCCAUCCAUACCCGAGGACGGAAAGGACCACGAAGGUCGAAUAUCUCAGAAGCUCAGGAAUGCAAUUCGGGAACAAUACGGUGAAGUCACCGCCGUCAAGUCGACCGUCGGCGCCACCGCGCUCGGGAUGUCCUCCGGCUACGUCUGGCUCGUCACGGACAAGACCGGCGAGCUCGGCGUCCUUCCCACCUUCGCCGCUGGCACCAUGCUCGUCCGGGCGCGGGAGCAGCGCUUUUACCUCAACGGCGCGUCGGCGUCUUUCCGGUCUAUGGUCGAGACGCCGGACCAGUCCUUCCCCACUUCUAGCGAGGAGAAGGACGCGGAUGCGGACGACUUCAACUUUGAGGGUGACCGUAGGCAGCCGACGCCGACGCCGACGCCAACACCGCCCUUCGGCACCACGACAGAUACCGCCCCUACCUCCCCCACCUCCGGUAUUUCGCACGAAGCGGCCCCCUUCAACCCCUCCUCGCCUUCACGCCAGUUCUCUACCUCCGCUGUCGCCCGUCAGAGUGCGAUGUACUCCCGUCCGCCCUCGAUCUACAGCGGCGUGAUCAACCCGACGGAUUACCUCAAUAAUCCCGAGACGGAGAAACAGGAAUUAGAUAGCGUGGGCGAAGACCUUUUCCCGUUGUUCUGCGUGUCCGUGAACGAGCACGCGUGGAUGGCGGGCGGGUACGGCGUCUGGGGGCAAGAGGAGUACCUGAAGAGGUUCUGGACAGUGUUGGACUGGGCGAAGGUGAGCCAGGCAUACGCGAAGUUCGCCAUCGCCGUAAGGAGGUCGUCGCAAUACUAGCCGUAGAACAGCGUCGUGGAUGCGUACCACCAGCAGAGCAUACACUAUGUCACUCGAUUAAUCACGCUGCAUUUCCGAACAUCUCAA